GCAGGCAGCAGCAGAUGUGGACGCUUUGCUGGACUUCUUUCUUUAUUUUGCUGUGAAGCUGCAGCUCGCAGUCUGAUGCCACGACGUCUGGUCCGACUGAAGCGGGUUCUUGUCCGGGUCUGAACCCUCGUCUUGUGUCCACCCCUGUCAAGAUGUCGUCGCCGGAGCACGACGGAACCUUCAGUCAGCUCAAUAAGUUUGAGAAACUGUCGUGGAGGCCCUCCAUCCGCGACUCAGGUUCCAAGAAGCGAGCUCGGUGGCUUCAGGCUCGACGCAUCUUCUCCCCUUCCUGCCCCAACCUGCGGAUCCCCAACAGGUUUCUGAGAGAAGGACACUGUGUGCCGCCGGCCCGCAGUGGACACCGCUGUGUUGCCGACAGCACCAACCUGUAUGUGUUCGGAGGCUACAACCCAGACUUUGAGGAGGCAGGCGGCUCCGAGAAUGAGGACUACCCUCUUUUCAGGGAGCUUUGGAGGUUUCAUUUUGCCACGGCCACCUGGCAGCAGGUCCGCACGGAGGGCUACAUGCCAACAGAACUGGCCUCUAUGUCGGCUGUUUUACACGGGAACAACCUGCUCGUGUUCGGCGGCACCGGCAUCCCAUUUGGUGAGAACAACGGCAACGACGUCCACGUUUGCAACGUCCAGUACAAGCGAUGGAACCUGUUGAACUGCAGAGGGAAGAAACCCAACAAGAUCUACGGACAGGCGAUGGUCAUCAUCAACGGCUACCUGUACGUGUUUGGAGGGACGACAGGCUACCUUUACAGCACCGACCUGCACAGGCUGGACCUGACCACCAGAGAGUGGACCCACCUCAAACCCAACAACGCACCCUCAGAUCUGCCCGAGGAGAGGUACAGACACGAGCUCGCUCACGACGGACAGAGAAUAUACAUUUUAGGAGGUGGGACUUCCUGGACGUCGUAUCCACUGGACAAGAUUCACGCGUAUAACUUGGAGACAAAUUACUGGGAGGAAAUAGUCACGAAACCCCAAGAAAAAAUAGGGUUUCCUGCUGCCCGCCGGUGUCACAGUUGUGUUCAGGUCAAAGACGAGGUGUUUAUAUGUGGGGGUUAUAAUGGAGAGCUGAUCCUGUCUGACCUGUGGAAGAUCAACCUGCAGACUUUCCAGUGGACCAAGCUCCCCGCCCUCAUGCCAGAGCCGGCCUACUUCCACUGUGCUGCGGUCACUCCGGCCGGCUGCAUGUACGUCCACGGCGGUGUCGUCAACAUGUCGGGGAACAGAAGGACCGGCUCCUUGUAUAAAGUGUGGCUGGUGGUGCCCAGCCUGCUGGAACUGACCUGGGAGAAACUGCUGAAAACUUUCCCUCACUUAUCCCAGCUGUCCGCCCUUCAGCUGCUCAGCCUCGGACUGACGCACACGUUGGUUCAGCGGCUCAAAUAGACAAGAGAGCAAAGACUGAACUGAAGUGAUGGACCGGCACUGACUCUAACGUCGCUGGAAAAAAACAAAGGUCAAAAGAAAACCUGAUGAUGUCAGAUAGUUGUGAAAAUACUUUGAAUGCCUUUUUAACUUUAGUCUGUGUGCUUUUUUGUUUUUUUUAAGUCGCUCUGUGUGUGUCGGAUUUGCAUGCACCCGUGAGAAGCCACGCGUCAGUGUAGGCGGCAGACUUACUGUGUGCUGAUUUCCACUUCCAUGCAUUUCAUGUGCUUUGCUCGUUAUUUACACACUGCAUGGCUUUUUCUUUUUCUUUUUCUUUUUUUUGUGGCGUACGAGAGGGGAUAGAUAAACACUCCGACAACCACUUGUCAAAAGGCAAAAUGAAUGUUUCCUCUGGCAGUAUAACUUCCACGUCGAGGCUGAGAUAUGCUAGCUUCACCGUCGCCAUCUUGGACACGUGAUCUGCUGCUUACGCCCACUGUGAUUAAACGUUACUGUAGUUUCAAACGGGAGAAAUUUGCCACCGGUUUGCAGACCCUGAAACCCAUUUAGCAAGUUGGAAAGCAUCCAAACAAAGCUCUGCUGAUGAAACACGGACACACAACUGAGCUACAUCUCAACAGUCCAAUUAGGUCAAUUAUCUAUUUAUGGUUUAGCCUCAAGAAUUUCCUGAUCAUACGCUGAUAUUGAGCAGAAAUUCCAACUGUUCAAAUUGGAAAACCCUCACUUUUGAUCAGACAAAAACCCAGAAGCCUCUCUGAAACAUGUGCGACACGCCGUCACUGUGAAUCUUCUCGUGCCUCUUCGAUUACUCUUCCUCUUUUUGGGAGAAAAAAAACAUGAAGUUAUUUAUGAAUUGUAGCUCCACAGUGAUCCUCAAGCCUUUUUUGUUUCUUCUUUCUUCAUCCGGUGCCUUUCUGAAUUUCCAAAAAAUGUCACACACACAUUGUUUUUAUAUUAAUGAGUCUUUUUAAGCUUUUAAUUUGUGCUCAUGUAGCCGCCCCUGUAUGAUUUACCUGGUGCUCCCCACAUGAGCCUCUUCUGCUCAUGGUUCAUCAGGAGAUACCUCCUUCAUUAACCCACAGAGACAUUUGUAACUAUUUAUUUGAAUCACUGUGCUGCUUUUUUUUUUGUUUUAUUUUAUUACAAGUCUUUGAAUUGUACCUGAUUGUAUAUUAGUUUCAUUGUCACUUUCAGUUCCCACUUUACUCCAUUCUAACCUUUUAUACUGUAACAAAGGCUCUGUUGUGUUGUUUUUAUUUUUCAACUUUUUGUUUUUCUACAGUGCUUUUGGUACUUGGUGAGGAACUUUAUAAAACUAGUGACAAGGUAGAGUGUUGUGAGAUACUGUGAUCAGUCUGAAGAGCUCUGCAGACGCCCGUCAUCGUCAAUAUGUCAGCAGACUUCUAUGUGUCACCAGAUUUAAGGUACUCGGUACUGCGGGCUGUAGAUUUAAACUCCCAGUUGUAUCAAAACACACUUUUUUUUCCCCUCCAUCUUUUAUGUGAGCCUUACAUUCAGCAUCUUGUUUCACAUGUUGGUACAAUAUUAAGCUAAACUCAUGUGACAGUUAUUGUACUACGAUGCCCUGUUUCACGCCUUACUUCCUUUGGACAUGUCAUGGCCUUAUUUAAAUCUUACUUUGAAGCAGUCUUGCUUCACCGCUUGCUCAAACUUUGUGCAUGCAAAAGUUUGGGUCCAAAUUUCUGUUACGGUGAACAGUUAGGCGAGUAAAGGAUGAGCUGAUUUCAAAGAUAAAGAUGAUUCGUUGUUUAAAUUUUAUAGGGAAGAGUAGUUUUUUUUCCCAUCUCUUACAAUUUCAAAGUUUAAAAAAAAAGAAAAGGAAAGCAGUCCUGAAACUAAAGUGAAUGCGCCCUGCAUGGUCUGUAAUUAGUAACACUCCCUUUGGCAGUUUUCACAUCUCGUAAAAUUUGUUGUCGACCAAGAGUCUGUUUUGUUCUUGUUUGGGGGAUUUUUGUGUUACUUCUGCGAAAUACUCCUGGGUCUGAGAGUUUCUGGGGCAUGUGCUGCUCUUUGUAGGUUUUUGAUGAUGUUUUGGGUUGCGUUCCUGGGAGGGCCACAGUUUAACCUUCAAUUCAUGCCUCCUGAAGGGUCCGUUAUGAAAUUAGAAGUGUUUUUAAAAAUAUUUUUUAAUGGGUAUUUUUUUUAAAGACAGGAAGGAGGAAGCACAGAGGGGAUGACAUGCAGCAAACAACCAUAAACUGGAAUCAAACCCUGGCUGCUGUAGCCUCUGUACGUGGGUGUAUGUUUAACCAGCUGUCAGUGCCCCCAUGAGGUCUGUUUAGGAUCAUUAUCCUGCUGUAGAAGCCACUCCUCUGCAACACGAGGACAAAGCAUCAGUAGUCUAACCUGUGAUACAGUUGGAAAGGUGAUUUUUGUCAUGAGGUUUUGAGUAUUUCUCCCAACAUACUUCUGCCCAAUGCAGCCAGAAAGCUCUGUUUAAAUGUAAUCAGUUCACAGGACGUUUCCAAAAAUGCAUCGGAUUUGUUUAGUUGUCCAAACGUCUGGCAAUGGUUUUUGUGCUCACGAUGCAGGAAAGGAUUCCUUGAUGACUCCUCUGUAAAGGUUGUAUUGGUGCAAGUGUUGCUUCACAGUAGAACAGCACACCUCCCCUCCAGGGUCUGCUGAAGCCUCCUGAAGGACUUCUGCAGUCAGAUGGGGGCUUUGAUUGUUUUUCUUGCUUGCAGUCUCUCAGCUAGUUUUCAGACCUCAACUUGACCGCCAACAUUCCUUUUAAUUGCUGUUUCUUAAUUACAUUAUGAACUGAGAAAAUGACUACAGGAAAAUGCUUUUGAGAAAUUUGCAUCAGAUCAUUUAUUUUUUAACAAGAGGGCCCAGUGUGAGCUUCCCCAUGUUCCAACCAACAGAUGGCAGAUGAACAACGGGGAUGUGUUUUGGUCAGUUGUCUGCCUGUCAGUGACUGUAAACAUGCCGUAGUUUAGAUGAGUUCCUUAAUGCCUUUAGACAUCCGUCACAAGUUAUCCGGGAGCUCAGAUCUCUCCCAAACUUUUGCAUGGUGCCCUUUGUCCUUUUUCCAUUCAAACAUUUUCCAAAGCAAAAACAGAACUUUGUUUAAAAUGUUGAAAAGAAGGUUUCGUCGUCCACUCUGUGUCUGUGGGAGAUCAGUUAAUCAUCUACUCGCCCAACUAUUGACAGAACAGAAACUUUUGCAUGCCAAUUUAAAUGUACCCGCGUGCUUCAGAUUGGCAUGUUUCUAUUUGCAUCAUUUUUGAUGUCCGAGUAAAAUGAUCCUUUGCAUGUCAGUACGGUGUGCAUGUCACUUUACAUGAACUCUUUGGGGAAAAGCUGAAUGUCUCCUCAAAGGCAAACGUGGCUGCGAUGUACAUUGUUUUGUAAUUUCUGUCUGUACAAACAAUAAAAAUGCAGGCAGCUGGUUUUUCAAAAACACUGAUGUCGUUUUUGUUCUUUUCAAAGCACGGCCGGCCACGCCUCGUUUCAAACUAGCUUUAUUUAAAAAUGUCACUUAUCACAGACAGACACCAUCUUACCCGCCUCAUACAAACUUUUAUCACAAUAGUACCUUAAAAUAGCAUUAGUGCAGAUACUCUGGAUCAUAAUAUCCAUUUGUAUUGUAAAAAUACUGCUUUGCUUUCCUUCACAGUUU